AUGGGUCGCGACGACGAGUGGGGCACAGGGUCGUCCAAGCGACGGAGGACGAGUCAUGAGUGGGAGCAGCCGCAGCACAUGCUGUUCGACGAGCCGGAGUUUCGGGAGGUGGACCGGCGCCUGGAGCGUGCGAUUGCGGAAAUCACAUUGGAGAUGUUGGAGGCCGUGCGGCUGUCGCCUUCACAGCUGCUCCACAUUUUGGAGCACCCGCGUUGUUCGGAGUAUCUGGUUGGCGCUUACGUGCGGUAUCCAGACUUGGAGGAGAUGGAAAAUGGAGACGUGGACGAAAGCCAGUAUUACAGCAUUCCACCGCUCCCGGCGCAGAUAACGAAGCUCAUUCCGCGAGAAGAAGGACCUACGACGGUGACGAUUGAAAAUGAGCAGCACACCGUCCACUACGACUUCUCGAUUAUCCAGUACACACAGCGGAGCGACGGGUCCCUGAAGAUUCGCAAGGGCAAGAUGUACUUGCCGCUCGUGCAGAAAGCCGCGUUCACUGAAAGCGAGCUGCGCAAGUGGCAGAACCUGCUCAAAAUGUUCAGCGGAAGACAGGGUUACGAAAAACUGCAGUCGCUGCCACUCAUCUUGCCCGCCACCGCGGCCAAGCUUCAGUCCUUUACUUUCACUAACGACGACGUGGACCUCGUGCUGAAGAAAAAAUUCAACUCCGACGGACCUUUCGCGCACGUGGCCACGCUCAACUUCCGAGAUCUGUACAUCCGGAAAAGCGAGCUAGAGUACAACAUCCGGGGAAAAGAAGAGGAGCUCAAUGAAACCACCAGCGAGGAGGCCAUCGAAGCGAUCCGGGAAGAGAUCGGGAAGUUGCAGGCGGAGUUGGACGUGGUGAUUGAGCGCGUGUCGCAGCACGAGUCGUCGAUCAAGGCGAGUGGCGAGACACGGAUGAGUGUAACAUCGGGCGCUGUGGGGAAGGACGCGUUGGACGUGCCUGGUUCGGUGCCGGAAACUUCGUGGAAGAGCUACGACUGGGUGAAGAUCCCUCGGUCGCUGUCCUGGCGCCAGCCGAUGUCGUAUUUGGACAUGGUCUACCCGUUGAAGCCGGCUUCGGAAAAAGAGGUGCUGGACCGGCUGGUGGAGUGGAAGCAGGAGAUGAAGACCCGGACGAGCGUUUUGUCCAGCCAGUUUGCGGGCACUGCGCUCGUCGGCAAGAGGAUGCCCGUGGAGGUCUCCUUCCACUUCCCGGCCCCCCGGUCUCGACCUUCCAAGGAGGCGCGGCCGCAAGCCGAGACGUCACCACCUGCGGCCGACCUACCCGUCAAGGGCGACCUUCCCGUCAAGAGCGACUUUCCUACGGAGUCAGCACCCACGCCGGCACCCACACCACACGCAGACUUGCCCGUCAAAGGGGACUAG